AUGCUGAAAUGCGUUGAAGGGUGGACAUAUCACUACUCUUCUGAUAAAAUGAAUUGGCAAGAUCCAAGGAAAUGGUGCCAAGACCACUACACUGAUAUGGUUGCAAUCCAGAACCAGGCAGAAAAUGUCUAUCUCGAUGAGGUGAUUCCAUUUGUCAGUGGAUACUACUGGAUUGGGAUUCGGAAAAUAAAUGAAACCUGGACCUGGGUGGGAACCAACCAAAUACUCAGUGAAGAAGCAGAGAACUGGGCUUUAAAUGAACCCAAUAAUGGUAAAACCGCUGAGGAUUGUGUAGAGAUUUAUAUACAAAGAGAAAAGGAGUCUGGAAAAUGGAAUGAUGAACCUUGUAAAAAACAAAAAAUUGCAUUGUGCUAUACAGCUGCUUGCCAUGCAUCUUCAUGCAAUGGCCAUGGUGCAUGUAUAGAAACGAUUAAUAAUUACACUUGCAAGUGUCAUGAAGGAUUCUAUGGACCCAAAUGUGAAAACGUUGUGGACUGUGCAGCUAUGGAGAAACCUCAAAAAGGGUUUAUGGAUUGCUCUCAUCCUUUUGGAAUUUUUUCUUAUAACUCUGCCUGUGACUUCAGCUGUGAAGCAGGAUACAAAUUAAAUGGCUCAGACAGAGUCCAGUGCACAGCUUCCAAAGAGUGGACAUCGCAGUCUCCUGUAUGUGAAGCUCUUGGGUGCAACACUCCAGCCCCUCAGAAUGGUGAUAUGGUUUGCUCUCAUCCGAUUGGCAAGUUCAGCUUUAAAAGCACCUGUGAGUUUAACUGUGAGGAAGGAUACACACUCGCUGGAUCUAGCAAACUUGCCUGUACUUCAUCAGGGAAAUGGGAUGAAGGUCAACCACAAUGUGAAGGUAUAUACUGUAAGAUUAACCCUAAUGCUACAAAAACAAUUCUGAAAACAAAGUGGAAGCAGCAGAACGGCAGCAUGAACUGCUCUGACUUCAGGUACAACUCCAGCUGCCAGUUCAGCUGUGCGGAGGGGUUUGAUUUGAAGGGAGCCGAGAGUCUGACCUGUAGAGCAUCUGGGCAGUGGACAGGAGAGCCUCCACAAUGUGAAGCUGUUAAAUGUGAAAGCCCAAAGACAGUUGCCCACGGGGUUUUGAACUGCACCCAUCCCAUUGAGAGUCUCGUCUACAACUCCACCUGUCUGCUGAGCUGCGAGGAGGGGUUUGUGUUAAAGACCUCAGGAAGUCUUCGGUGUACAGCUUCUGGGAAGUGGAGUGUAAAAACACCAACCUGUAAAGAUCCCAACACCUUGAAACAUUACAGAAACAUCGGCCUGGCUGCUGCAUCAGCUUGUCUGUUAUCUGGGCUGAUUUUCAUAAUAUGGCUUAUAAAGCGACUUUGGAAAACUAAUAAAUUGGAUUUAGAAAGUCACUCAGCCAAGCAGCACCACAGUAGCCAUCUUUCAGGCAGUCGGCCUCUCAGACUAAUAGCAUCCUAUCAGGGUGCCAUCACAGGUGCUGAAGAUAGAUUGCAGUUUUUGUACCGUGCAAAUUAUCCAAGUGGGAAAUUAAACUGCCAUAUAAUACAAGCUUUUUCUUUGGUUGCCAUCAGUUAUGUUUUAUUUGGAAAUGGGGGCGUGAAUGCUUGGACAUAUCAUUAUAACAUUACUCCAAACAUGAACUGGGACACAGCUCGACAGUGGUGCAGGGACCACUAUACUGAUAUGGUUGCAAUUCAGAAUCAAAAAGAGAUAAAGUACCUGAAUGAUGUCUUACCAAUUAACCCUACCUACUAUUGGAUCGGUAUCAGGAAGAUCAAUGACAAAUGGACGUGGGUUGGAACUAACACAACCUUAACGAAAGAAGCUGAAAACUGGGCCCCUGGUGAGCCAAACAAUAAAGGAAGAGCUCAGGACUGCGUGGAGAUAUACAUAAAGCGUUCUUCCCAUGCUUCAAAAUGGAACGACGAAAGGUGUACAAGACAAAAGGGAGCCCUGUGCUUUAAAGCCUCCUGCACAGCCUCCUCCUGCACUUCCUGGGGGGAAUGUAUAGAAACAAUUGGAAACUACACAUGCGAUUGCUACCCAGGAUUCAAGGGGCCACGUUGUGAAUAUGCUUUGGAAUGUGAAAAUCUCCACCAUCCACACCAUGGCACCAUGAACUGUAGCCACAUGUUUGGACCAUUUCAAUUCAACUCAACUUGUGAUUUUGGCUGUGACCAAGGCUUUGUGAUGGCUGGAUCAGGGGUGCUGCAGUGUCAAGCUUCAGGACAGUGGACAACAGAUUCACCAACAUGCCAAGCUGUAAAAUGUGAAACGCUAAGUAUCCCCAGUCAUGGUUCAAUGGACUGUGCACAUCCAAUUGAGAAGUUCAGUUAUAACUCAGGGUGCUGGUUUGGCUGUGAAGAAGGCUUUCUUCUCAAUGGAACAAACUCCACACAGUGCACUUCACAGGGGCGAUGGUCUGCACAGACUCCAGCCUGUCAAGCUGUAAAAUGCGAGUCAUUAAAGACUCCAGUCCGAGGAGUGAUGAACUGCUCACAUCCAUUUGGAGACUACAGAUUCAACUCAAGCUGUGAGAUAAGCUGUGAAGAAGGGUUCAUAAUGAGGGGUUCAGACAGACUGCAGUGCAAUGCCUCUGGACUGUGGACAGAACCCCUGCCUACAUGCCAAGCUGUAAAAUGUGAAGUGCUAAAUAUCCCCAGUCAUGGUUCAAUGGACUGUGCGCAUCCAAUUGAGAAGUUCAGUUAUAACUCAGGGUGCUGGUUUGGCUGUGAAGAAGGCUUUCUUCUCCAUGGAACAAACUCCACACAGUGCACUUCACAGGGGCGAUGGUCUGCACAGACUCCAGCCUGUCAAGCUCUAAAAUGUGAGAUGCUGAUGGCUCCAAUCCGAGGAGUGAUGAACUGCUCACAUCCAUUUGGAGACUACAGAUUCAGCUCAAGCUGUGAGAUAGGCUGUGAAGAAGGGUUCAUAAUGAGGGGCUCAGACAGACUGCAGUGCAAUGCCUCUGGACUGUGGACAGAACCCCUGCCCACAUGCCAAGCUGUAAAAUGUGAAGUGCUAAAUAUCCCCAGUCAUGGUUCAAUGAACUGUGCACAUCCAAAUGAGAAGUUCAGUUAUAACUCAGGGUGCUGGUUUGGCUGUGAAGAAGGCUUUCUUCUCAAUGGAACAAACUCCACACAGUGCACUUCACAGGGGCGAUGGUCUGCACAGACUCCAGCCUGUCAAGCUUUAAAAUGUGAGAUGCUGAUGGCUCCAAUCCGAGGAGUGAUGAACUGCUCACAUCCAUUUGGAGACUACAGAUUCAGCUCAAGCUGUGAGAUAGGCUGUGAAGAAGGGUUCAUAAUGAGGGGCUCAGACAGACUGCAGUGCAAUGCCUCUGGACUGUGGACAGAACCCCUGCCCACAUGCCAAGCUGUAAAAUGUGAAGUGCUAAAUAUCCCCAGUCAUAGUUCAAUGGACUGUGCACAUCCAAUUGAGAAGUUCAGUUAUAACUCAAGGUGCUGGUUUGGCUGUGAAGAAGGCUUUCUUCUCAAUGGAACAAACUCCACACAGUGCACUUCACAGGGGCGAUGGUCUGCACAGACUCCAGCCUGCCAAGCUCUAAAAUGCGAGUCAUUAAAGACUCCAGUCCGAGGAGUGAUGAACUGCUCACAUCCAUUUGGAGACUACAGAUUCAACUCAAGCUGUGAGAUAAGCUGUGAAGAAGGGUUCAUAAUGAGGGGCUCAGACAGACUGCAGUGCAAUGCCUCUGGACUGUGGACAGAACCCCUGCCCACAUGCCAAGCUGUAAAAUGUGAAGUGCUAAAUAUCCCCAGUCAUGGUUCAAUGGACUGUGCACAUCCAAUUGAGAAGUUCAGUUAUAACUCAGGGUGCUGGUUUGGCUGUGAAGAAGGCUUUCUUCUCAAAGGAACAAACUCCACACAGUGCACUUCACAGGGGCGAUGGUCUGCACAGACUCCAGCCUGUCAAGCUCUAAAAUGUGAGAUGCUGAUGGCUCCAAUCCGAGGAGUGAUGAACUGCUCACAUCCAUUUGGAGACUACAGAUUCAACUCAAGCUGUGAGAUAGGCUGUGAAGAAGGGUUCAUAAUGAGGGGCUCAGACAGACUGCAGUGCAAUGCCUCUGGACUGUGGUCAAAACCCCUGCCCACAUGCCAAGUUGUAGAAUGCCCUGCAUUGCCUAGAUCAUCAGCAGUGGAAAUGAACUGCUCCCAUCCAAUUGGACAGUUUAGUUUCCUUUCCAGCUGUUACUUUAGCUGUGCAGAAGGGUCUAAGCUUAAUGGAACAAACAGGCUUCACUGCACCUCUGAUGGGCAAUGGACUGGAGCCAUUCCUUCUUGUGCAGCACUGGGAAUGUCUACUGGAAUGGCACUGUUACUGUACACUGGUGUGGGCUCGGGAGCUGCUGUUUUGCUGCUUCUUCUUGGUGGAAUCGUGUUUCUGAUUGUUAAACGUCUCGCCAGGGAAAGUGACAAACAAAAACUUUGUCCUGAAGGGAAUGGUGUUGUUUUGGAAGAAUGUGCAAAUCCUGCAUAUGGCGGAAUCUAAAACCCCAUAGCGGCACUGUGAAUGUUUUUGGCAGACAGAAGACAAUUUGACUCCAUUUUGGCUCAGUUAAAUUUAUUCUCUGCUUUGUGACAGAGAAAGCUGGAGUGGUUUUAAAAUAUUGCACUCUGUAUUUUUUACAGGAGCAUUUGUCAUUCAUCUGGACUAGAUAGGUGCUAUUUCAGGUCCCCUGUCUAGCUCUUGCUUAGUUAAACCAAAGAAGUCACCCACAGUGAUUCCAAAACACACUGAACCUUUGUAAUAAUACAUUUCUAAAACAAAUUAUAAUGUACAACGGUUAUUUCUUGAUAAUGAAAUUUUCUACCUUCCGAUACUUGAUCAUUUGUCCAGUUCUUUUUACUUAUGUUACAGUAAGUUAUCUUUUUUUAAGCCAAGAUUUUAUUUCUUUUUUUAUCCAGGAAACACAUUGAAUUAGAGGUAGGAAGCUGCAUUUAGACAGGUUAUGCAGCAGCAGGGUGCCUUUCCCAGUGGGUGCUAUUGUUGAGCAAGUAUUUACAAGAAGUAAAAUUGAAGAAUAAGGUACAGGUGCCCCAAAAAAUGAGCUUCACAAUAUAUGCACUCUGCUUUUCUAACCAAAAAGUCUAGGAAUAAAGGCAUAUUCAUACUGUGAUGUCAAAAUUAAUUCUGGUCUGUAUGUUUUAUGUUGCCAUCAUUUACCGUGAACAUUUGAACAUGUGAUUUUAUUUAAGUGAAUCCUUUUAUUUUAUUGCUUUAAUGGCUUAUUCUGUAUUCAUACCAACCAACAC